AUGAAUUCUCAACUCAACAACAACCAAGAAAACAAUGAUCAAGUCUUUUCUGAGGAUAACACUUUUAGAAAUGUGUUUAUAAAUCAACCUGCUACUACUAAUCAAGAUUCAAACCAUACCAAAAGAGCAAGAUUAGAUUCAACAAUUUCUUUGAAUCAACCUACAAAUAACACUACUAAUCCUCCAAAUCAUCAUCAUCAUAGCCAUCAUACACAUCAUACACAUCAACAUUCUCAUUCUCAUGAAACUCCAGUCAAUAUGGAAAACGGCAAAAUUGAUAUUCCACCAUUAUCUUUUGAAAGUUGUAAUCAAACUUUGGUUUCCACACCAACUGCUUGUACUUCAAUGGAAGAUGUUAAUGAAACUUUAUUGAAAUCAACUGAUGAAUCUCAAGUUAUUAAUGAAGAUUUGAAAAAUCAAGAUACAAUUAAACCUCAAGAAAUUAAAAUUCCAAAUCAACAAUCAUUACAAUCAUUACAACCUCAAAGAAAAUCAUCAACAACAACAAAAAGAAAACAUAAAUCACUUGCAUCUUCAAAAAUACGUAAAUUUAGAUCAAGAUCAUUACCAAAUAUCCUUUUUUCAAAUAAGAAUUUUGAUUUAUUCCAAUCAAAGAUUAAAGAACCUACAUCAUCUUCCUCAAUUUUCAAAAAUAUCAACUCCUCAUCAAAUACCGCAUCAUCAUCAUCAAAUCAUACAUCAUCACAACCUCCAUUACCACCAGUAAACAUUCAAUCAUUACGUGAAAUUGAUUUGGCUGAAAUUCUCAAGAAUCCACAAUUAAGACAUGAUAUCCUUUUUGAUCCUCAAUUACAAUUUAGACCAAAUUUAGAUGGUGAAAGAGGUCGUCGUAAGAAGGUUACUUAUGAUAAAUAUUGGUCAACUGUUCAAUUUGAAAUUGAAGAAUAUUAUCAACAAAAGACAACUCUUGAUAUAAAUACUUCAAGAUUACCAAAUUUAUUCCAAACUUUGAGAGAUAUCUUAAUUUCUUUAUUACCUUCUAAAGAUAAACAAACUGUUAUUGAUGUUUUAGAUAUUGAAUUAAUCAUGCAACAAUUAGCUAAAAAUUCUUUAGAUUUAGUUGAAUUAGCUAAAUGGUUAAGUUCAAUUUUUAAAUCUCAUUGUGCUCCAAUGAGAGAUUCUUGGGUUGAUGAAAUGUUGAUGAAAUUUGUUGAAGCUGAUGAAAUUAAAUCUGUAUUAAAAUUAGUUGAAGGUUUAAGAAUGAUUUUCACUAUUUUAGAAGCUAUGAAAUUAGAUGUUGCUAAUCAUCAAAUUAGAAUCUUGAGACCCGUUUUGGUGGAAACUGCUGUUGAAUUUGAAAGAGAUUAUUUCUUACAAAUGAUUGCUCGUUGUAAAUUAGAUAUUUCAGAUUCAAUCAAAUGGUUUAAGAAUUUCCAAAAACAAAAUCCAGUUUCAACUCAAAAUAAUAAUCAUGAUGCAUCAAUCCAACAAAAAAUCACUACAACUCAAGCUAUUUUAUCAUUAUUAUCAUGUUCUAAAAUGGUUUCAGAAUUUCCUUCAUCAUUAGCUUUUGAUCAUGCCAGAUUAAUCGUCUUGAGAGCAAAUGUUCGUCAAGUAGUUUGUUUACAAUUAUGUAUUGCUCUUUUCAAACAAUUAGCUCAUCAAUCACAAAAUUCUCAACAAAUCACACCAGAAAUUUGUGAACUUUUGAAAAAGGAAAUUUUAGCAUUAAUCACUGAUGAAAAUGGGAAUGUUAAAUGGACAAGAAAUAUUGGUGCUAUUGCAUUACAAAUUUCAAGACAUGCUAAUCCUCAAUUAGAUGUUCCAAAUGAAAAAGUUGUUGAAUUUGCAUUCAGUUGGUUAAUUAAACAAACCCAACCAUCAUCACAAGUUUAUCAUCUUAUGGAACAACGUGUUUUCAACAUUAUUAAAGAUAAAUGUAUUUCAGAAUUAAAUCAAAUUUCUUCAUCAUUAUCAUCAUCAACAAAUACAAUUGAAUCAUCUGGUAAAAUCAUGCCAGUUGCUGGUAAUUCAAUAAAUUCAAUCCCAUCAUCAUCACCAUCAACUUCAACUUCAAAUCCUACAACAAUUACAACACAACAAAAUGAAGAAGAUGAUAUUGGUUCUAUUGCUUCAAGAAUUUCUUUAUUAGCUAAAUUCCAUUGGAACGUUUUUGGAAGUUAUUAUACAUCAGAUUAA